AAAUAAAAAAAACUAUUUACAUUUUCUAUAAUAAAAAAAAAAAGGGACAAGAGAAAAUAAGAAAUUUCAACGAAAAAAAAAAUUAUUUACACAACUUUUUUUUAUAAACAAUAAUCUUUAUACUAUUUAUUAAUUAUUAAUAAUAAAAAUAAAAAUAAAUUUAAUUAUUCAUCAAUUUAUAAAUGCAUUUCUAGUAAUUUUUUUACAGAAAAAUAAUUUAAUUAAUAAACAAUUUGGCUUUAUUUAUUUAUUAAAAUUUUUUUUUUUAUAAACAAUAUUAAAAAAAAAUACAUUUUAGAUUCUUUAAUAAUUUAUCAAUUAUAAUAUUAAUUUACAGUAAUUUUAAAAAGUUUUUUUUUUUAUAGAAAAAAGUCAAUUAUUUAAUUAAAAAAAUUUAUAUUAUUUUCUUUAUCUAUUUAAUAAAUAAUAAUUAUUAUUAUUUAAUUAAAAAAAAUAUAUGUCACUUGUAUUAUUUUGUAACAUUGUGUUGUAAUAAUAAUAGUAAUAUAUUUGUGUAGGUGUAAGUGUCUGUAAAAGUGAGUAAGAGCAGGAAAAAAAAUAAAAAAAUAAAAAAAAGGGAGAGUGUAGAGUCUAGCAGUAAAUACACAGAGAGAGUAAGAGAGGGGGGAUCAAGAGUUUUUAUUUAUUUUUUUUUUUGAUAAAUUGGAGGUAUAUCGUACACACGACACCGUUCAUCGUGUAUCCUUCAUAAAGUGAACAUCUUUAUUGUUAUCAAAAAAAUAAAAAAAUAAAUAAAAAAAAAUAAUAAAGUGAGAGUGAGGGGAUUUGUGUUUCACACGUUGUCCAAGGUAGAGGUUAUACCUUACCGGUGUAAAAAAAUUAUUUAUCAAUAUAUUUGGAGUAAAAAAAAAUUUAUUGUUAAUUUAUUUAAAUUAAUAUUAAUGUGUUAAAUAAUAUUAACAACAAAUAUGUCUAAUAAAAAUGUGGAUAAUAAAUUAUUUGGCCCGACAAAUGUCGAGAGUGUUGUGCCAAAAGUCAGACAGGAAUUGUUGAAGUGGAAUGGCUGGGGUUACAAGGAUUCAGCGUUUCGAGUCAAUGAAAAUUCAUUGAUUGAGUUUACUGGAACGAGAUAUCCAAUUGGUAAUUUAGAAUUGCCAUAUUUUACCGAAUGGACGAAGGACGUUUUGGGCGUUGACUUGUUGCAGCAUAAUCCUCCACAAGAUCUACCAACAAAUUUUCCUGACUCAAUAUUGUCAAAUGAAUUUUACAAUGAAAUUAAAAAACUCAAUUUAUCAGUGUCAAUUGACGGAAUGGACCGGCUAUAUCGUGCACAUGGUCAUACACUCAGAGAAAUUUUUAUCCUCAAAGGAGGAAAUUUCGAAAGAAUUCCCGACAUAGUCAUUUGGCCAAAGUGUCAUGAUGAUGUAGAAAAUAUUAUAAAACUUUGUGUUAAAUAUAAUGUUGCUUGUAUACCAUUUGGUGGUGGUACAAGUGUAAGUGGAGCUGCAUCAUGUCCACCAAGUGAAACAAGAACAAUAUUAUCACUUGAUACAUCACAAAUGAAUAGAAUAUUAUGGAUUGAUCGUGAUAAUUUAGUUGCAUGUUGUGAAUCUGGUAUUAUUGGACAAGAUUUAGAACGUGAAUUGAGAAAACAAGGCUUAACAUCAGGACAUGAGCCAGAUUCCUAUGAAUUUUCAAGUUUGGGUGGUUGGGUAGCAACACGUGCAAGUGGAAUGAAAAAAAAUACAUAUGGUAAUAUUGAAGAUUUAGUUGUACGUGUUAAAAUGGUUACUGGUAAUGUAGAUGAUAAUGAUAAAUCAUUGACAUUAACACGUUGUGCACAAGUACCACGUAUAUCAAGUGGUCCAGAUUUUGAUCAUAUUAUACUUGGUAGUGAGGGCACACUUGGUGUUGUUACUGAAGUUGUAUUAAAAAUACGUCCAUUACCAAAAAUAAUAAAAUACGGAAGUAUUGUAUUUCCAAAUUUUACAAAUGGUGUUGAUGCAAUGCGUGAAGUUGCUAAACAACGUUGUCAACCAUCAAGUAUACGUUUAAUGGAUAAUGAACAAUUUAAAUUUGGUCAAUCAUUAAGACCAAUGAAUGGCUGGGGUGAUAAAUUAUAUCAAUUAAUAAAACAUACAUAUGUUACUAAAAUUAAAUGUUUCAAUUGGGAUACAAUAUGUGUUGCAACAUUAUUAUUUGAAGGACAUGAUUCAAAACAAGUUGCAGCACAGGAAAAAAAAAUAUAUGAAAUUGCAAAUGAAUAUGGUGGUAUGGCUGCUGGUGAAACAAAUGGUGAACGAGGAUAUAUAUUGACAUUUGUUAUUGCAUAUAUACGUGAUCUUGGUCUUGAGUAUAAUGUAUUAUCUGAAUCAUUUGAAACAUCUGUACCAUGGAAUAGAGCUAAAACAUUAUGUCGUAAUGUUAAAUCAAGAGUUAAAAAUGAUUGUCAAUUAUAUGGUAUUAAACAUUAUUUAAUAUCAUGUCGUGUUACACAAACAUAUGAUGCUGGUUGUUGUAUUUAUUUUUAUCUUGCAUUUAAUUAUAGUAAUUUAAAUAAACCAGUUGAUAUUUAUGAACAUAUUGAAGAAAAUGCUAGAUCAGAAAUUAUUGCUAGUGGUGGAUCAAUAUCACAUCAUCAUGGUGUUGGUAAAAUGAGAGCUAAAUAUUAUACUGAAUCUGUUGGUAAUGCUGGUCUAUCAUUAUACAGAGCAACUAAAAAACAUCUUGAUCCACAUAAUGUAUUUGCUGCUGGUAAUAUUGAUCCACAAUAUAAAUCUAAAUUAUAAAAAGCUUUAUUUUAACAUUAACAAAUUGGCAAACAUUAUUUGUACUUUUAUGUUUUUAUUAUUAAUUUUACAAAAAAUGGUGACAGUUACCAAUGAUAACCAGAUAUUUAUAAUUUUAAUUUUUGACAAAAAUGAAGUAUAUAAAAUUUAUAUUAUUCAUUUAAUUUUUUUUUGUUUUAAUUUUUUCAAUUUAUAUUAAUUGACAUUUUAUAAAUAAAAAGAAAAUUUUAGAAAAAAGAAAAAAGAUU